UCUCUAGAUAAGUACUUUGCUUCUCGCCCUUUGAUAUUUGCAGUCGAUACUCAAUUCCUCAUAAACAUUCAAAGCGUCCGGACUGAACUAGGUUCUUUGACCUCGGUCUAACGAACCAUUUUCACACCCCAUCCAACUAUUCUCUCUUCCCCUACUACCACCAAUAUGGAACGCGGCUACACCGUCGCCUACGACGGCCUCGGCCUCCGCAUCUACGAUCUCAUGGUACACUGGUGGAACGACAACUAUGUCUGGCGCUGUCCGUCCUCCUUCCUCAAUGAAUUCUUCUCCGCCAACGUCGGCCAGCGACAUCUCGAUAUCGGCGUCGGAACCGGCUACUUCCCCGCGCACCACCGUCAACGUGUGCUGCAGAAGGGCGAGUCCUGGCCCCAGCACCUCACGCUCGUGGACAUGAACACUCUCUGCCUCGAGAGAUCCGCCGCACGCGUCGGCUGUCCCGAGCGCACCACGACACUCCAGGCCGACGUGUUCGAGCCCAUUAAGUUGCCGGCCGAAGACGGCGCCGGACCCGGCACCACUGCGUCGCGGAAAUACGACUCUAUUUCACUCAUGUAUCUGCUCCAUUGCCUGCCACCGCCUUGCGCGAAAAAAGCGACUGUUUUCGCGCACCUGAAGGAGCACCUGAAGCCGGAUGGAACGCUGUUCGGGGCGACGAUUCUGGGCCAGCGCGUGGAGCAUAACUGGUUUGGGAGGAUCACGAUGGGGCUGUACAACUACAAGGGUAUCUUUGGAAACUCUGCUGAUGAUCCGGAGGUGUUCAAGAAUGAAUUGAGGAAUGAGUUUGACGAUGUCGAUGCAUGGGUUGUUGGUGCUGUGUUGGUGUUCCGGGCGAGGAAGCCGAAGUUGACUUGAUUCUCAUCUCUUCUCUGGGCUACUUGGGGUAGCCGAAUCAUGCAAGCUUGUCCUUGGUCGGAGGGAGGUUGGAGCAAGGGAGAUAAUGAGAAAGUCCUGGA